CUGAGCAAAUGGCCGAUGCAGUGGCUGUGGCGCCAGAUGAAGCCAGAGCCCCUCUUCUCCCGAUUCACAGGUCUCAGAGCUUCAACUCUGCGGUCAACUCCAUUUUCACGCUCAAGAGUCUCUUCAUCCUCCUGGGGCCCCUCCUGUGCGCAGCAAUAUGCCUGUUUGUGAAGCUCGACGGCGCCGCCACCAGGAAUAUGAUGGCCGUGCUUGCCUGGGUCUUCGCCUGGUGGCUCACCGAGGCCGUCCCCAUGCCCGUCACUUCCAUGGCGCCGCUCUUCCUCUUCCCCCUCUUCGGCAUCGCAUCCGCCGACGAGGUCGCCCAGUCCUACAUGGACGACGUCAUUGCCCUUGUGCUCGGAAGCUUCAUCCUCGCUCUCGCCGUCGAGCAUUACAACAUUCACCGGAGGUUGGCCCUGAAUGUGACCCUACUGUUCUGCGGCGAUCCACUGAAUCCACCGCUGCUGCUGCUGGGCAUAUGCGCGACCACCGCAUUCGUGAGCAUGUGGAUGCACAACGUGGCGGCGGCCGUCAUGAUGAUGCCGGUGGCCACCGGGAUUCUGCAGCGGCUGCCGUCGACGUCGGGGGCGAUGGGUAGGGACGAGCUGGAUAUCCGGAACUUCAGCCGGGCGGUGGUGUUGGGGGUGAUAUACUCGGCGGCGGUGGGAGGGAUGAGCACGCUCACCGGGACAGGUGUCAACCUUAUAUUGGUCGGAAUGUGGAAGAGCUACUUUCCGGCGGAAGAUGCCAUCAGCUUCAACAAAUGGUUCUGCUUUGCCUUCCCUUUGGCUCUCUUGAUUUUCCUCGCUCUCUGGGGGAUUCUUUGUUUGCUCUACUGCUCCAAGGGCUCAGGCCGCUCCCUCUCUGCUUAUUUGGACAAAGCCCAUUUGAAGAGAGAACUUGAGCUCUUGGGUCCAAUGGCUUUCGCGGAGAAGAUGAUUCUGGCCAUAUUUGGGAUGUUAAUAGCACUGUGGAUGACAAGGAGGAUAACGGAUGAAACUCCAGGGUGGGGAGCUCUGUUCAAAGGGCGGGCCGGCGAUGGAACCGCCAGCGUGAUGAUGGCGACCUUGCUGUUCAUAAUUCCAAACGGGAAGCAAGAAGGAGAGAAACUAAUGGACUGGAACAAGUGCAAGAAGCUGCCGUGGGGCAUCAUCCUGCUGCUAGGCGCGGGAUUCGCCAUCGCCGACGGAGUAAGGUCGAGCGGCCUGGCGGACGUGCUGUCGGAGACUCUGGAUUUCUUGGAGUAUGCGCCUUACCUGGCCAUUGCGCCUCUGGUGUGCUUCAUCAGCGCUAUGAUGACCGAGGUCAUCACGUCGAACAACGCCACCACCACCAUCCUGCUGCCGCUGCUGGUCCAGAUGGCACAGACCAUGCACGUUCACCCCUUGAUGCUUAUGAUCCCGGGCGCCAUCGGAGCGCAGUUUGCUUUCUUGCUUCCCACCGCGACGCCUUCAAAUGUGGUUGGAUUCACCACCGGCCACAUUGAGAUCAAAGAUACGAUCAGGGCUGGGUUGCCUCUCAAGACUGCAGCCAUUCUUGCAUUGUCCUUGCUGAUGCCCACUCUAGGAGCUUAUGUCUUCGGAACAAAUCGGCAAGUCGAGUGGCAGACUGGAAACUACAAACGCCGCCGCGCUGUAAAUGAUUGGGUGCAUUAAACUAAUUAUUGCCGUCAAGAAGAGGGCUUGCUUCGGUCAUUCAACUUGUUAUAAUUUCUUCUUUUUCUUCUCAUGCUUUAAUUAAAUGCAUUAUAUUUUUUUUCUUGAAUACAUGCAAUGUAUUUAUGUAUGAAUAUGGACAUCUUUUUUUUUU